CUUCUCUUGCAGUUGGCUCGCUUCACUAGAUCUGUGCUGUGCUGAAGGCAGGGUGCUAGGCUACCUUGACUCAGCUACCUGCCUGGUCAAUUAGGUGGUUAGUAGUUCAUCGGCAUAACUAGCCACCAAGUUCUUCCCGGUUUCCCCGCGACGAGAAUAUAUAGUAGUUAUUAAACGUCUGGUUCAGGGCCCUUUCCCUAAGGAUAGUCGGUAGCUUGUGACGCACCGAGCAUGAUCUCGCAGUUCUUCAUCCUUUCCCCUCGCGGCGACUGCAUAAUCUUCCGCGAUUACCGCUGCGAUGUCCCCAAGACGAGCGCCGAGAUCUUCUUCCGGAAAUUCAGGUUCUGGAAAGGCGACAAUGAAGCAGCGGAAGAGGCUCCUCCGAUCUUCAACCUGGACGGAGUAAACUACCUCUACAUCAAAUGCUCCGGCCUCUUGUUCGUCGCUACGGCCCGCGGAAACGUCUCUCCGUCGUUCGUCCUGGAGCUUCUCCAGCGGAUCGCUCGUGUCGCUAAGGACUACCUCGGUAUUCUGAACGAGGAGUCCCUUCGGAAGAAUUUCGUCCUCGUUUAUGAGCUGCUCGACGAAAUGAUGGACUUCGGCUACCCACAGAGCAUGUCCACGGAGGCGCUUAAAGCGUUCGUCUUCAACGAAUCAGUACCAAUCAUGGACUCGUCUCCUCUUCCGGGAGGCGCUCCUGGGAGCGGAAUGAUCGUUCCUCCUGCGCUUGGGGGAGCCGCCGCUUCGUUGUUCAUGUCUGGCGGCCGGAGUCGCGUCCCAGGAGCGGCUAUGAUGCGAUCCGUGGUGGCUCCUGAUACAGGCAUGAAGAAGCGGGAGGAGGUGUUCGUUGAUGUGAUCGAACGUCUGAGCGUGACUUUCAGCCCCAACGGCUACAUCCUGACGUGUGAGAUUGACGGAACGAUACAGAUGAAGAGCUAUCUAACCGCGAAUCCCGAAGUUCGGAUAGCUCUAAACGAGGACCUCGUUAUUGGCCAGAGGAACGCUCCGGCGUCGCUGCUAUACGGAGGGGGAGGUGGAAUGGGGGAGGAUGGAAGCGGAGGAUUUGGGAUUGUCGUUCUGGAUGACUGCAACUUCCACGAAAGCGUGCGGUUGGAUAGUUUCGAUGUAGACCGCACCAUGACUCUCGUGCCACCAGAUGGGGAAUUUUCUGUCAUCAAUUACCGCAUGACACAUGAGUUCAAGCCUCCUUUCCGGGUGUAUCCGGUUCUGGAGGAGAUUACCCCUUUCAAGGUAGAGCUGUUCAUCAAGCUAAAGGCAGAGUUCCCCGCCACAGCAACAGCCAACUCCAUUGUGGUCCGUGUGCCGCUGCCCAAGAGUGUGAUUAAAGUGAGCUGUGAUUUAGACCCGGGAGCUGUGGGACAGUCAACGGAUUUCAAGGAUGCUUCGAAGACACUGGAGUGGACUAUAAAGAAGAUGCCUGGUGGUGGGAAUGAGCAUACGUGCCGGGCCAAGAUGACUUUGAACCAGGAGCGGGGUUCAGGGAGCAUGAAGAAGGAGACUGGCCCAAUCAGCCUGUCGUUCAAUAUUCCUAUGUAUAAUGCGUCCAGGCUCCAGGUCCGGUAUCUGCAGGUGCUGAAUAAAGGCAAGGCUUACAAUCCAUACCGCUGGGUGCGGUAUGUCACUCAUGCCAAUUCCUAUGUUGUGCGUCUCUAAUGGAGUGGGCAGCGUGGUAGGGAGAUCCUGUAACCAGGCAUUACCUGUUCUAGGGGAUGGAGUUGGUGCAGCCUUGAUCUCAAGCUUUAUGUGAUUCAGCUAGUUCUUGGAAACUAUUUACCAUA